AUGAAGGGACCACUGCUUUUGCUGGCCUUGCUGGUGACCAGAGAGCUGAUCUUUGAGAUGCCGGAAGCCUGCCCUGUGUUUUAUGGAGCGGUUGGUACGGUGUUUCUUGGAAGCAAAACAUUGUUGAACUCAACGUUUGAUUUGGUUGAUGCUAUGGAUGAGGAAAAGGAAGCUGUGGGAAAACUCCUGGAUUGCUUCAAUGAGGAGGGAUUUCGUGCCAAGCUUUUCAUUAUAAAACUUGUGAGUUCCAUCAUUUUCAAUGAGGAUUGCUCUGGCUAUAGAGUGUCCACAGUGGUGAGCACUGUUUCAGGAUUACUUCUCAGUGUGACGUCUUUGGUGAGAUGA